ACAAGGGAUCUAACAUGUCCAGGUCUUUUUAUGUCGACUCUUUAAUAAUUAAGGACUCACCAAGACCUGCUCCAUCCCUACCUGAUCACCAUCAUCAUCACCACCAUGGACAAGAAUUCCUACUGCCCAUCAGCAUGUCAUCCCCUACUGUCAUGUCUGUCUCUGCACCGGUGUGUCCUUCCAGGAAAAGUGGCAGCUUCUGUGUCUGUCCCAUCUGUGUCACCUCUCACCUGCACGCCUCCAGGACCAGCAUCCCUUUACUCAAGAGCCAUUUCCAAAGUGGGGAUGCCCAGUACUGCCAGAGGGUGAGCCAACAGCCAGCCCCAGCCAUGGUGCACCCAGGGCACGCACCUGUCUGCAAUCCAGCCUACAACGUUACAGACCCACGAAGAUUCCACUGUCUGUCAAUGGGCAGUGCUGAAAAUGGGCAGAUACAGAAUGGCAAAAGGAUGAGGACAGCUUUCACCAGCACCCAGCUCUUGGAGUUGGAGAGGGAGUUCUCCUCCAAUAUGUACCUCUCCAGGCUGAGGAGGAUUGAGAUAGCUACUUACCUGAACCUGUCUGAGAAGCAGGUGAAAAUCUGGUUCCAAAACAGGAGGGUGAAGCACAAGAAAGAAAACAAGGGGUCACAGAGGAACAAUCACGGGGGCUGUAAAUGUACUAGCGGCCAGGGGCAUUAUCCUGGCUCAGAAGAUGAAGAUUCCUUAUCACCAGCCUCCACCACCGAGGACAAGGCGAUCUCACCUUUAUAGGAGACUCUUACACCUGACUGUAUCAUAUACUGCACUUGUGAUCUACAAGCAACAAAGAAGUAACUGCUGUUAUGCAGAGAUUAUAACUGCACCUCAUUCAGUGGACAAUAGAUUAAUGCUGAAAUAGGCACCUUGUGGCGCUGCAACGGCUGAAGAACUACAAGUUCCUGCGUGCCUUGCCCUGUGUUUGGCGUGGCAUGCUAGUACUUGUCAUUCUAUAGCAAAUGGAGAAUCCUAGGUUGCCUAAACCCGGACUGAUGUACAGUACUGUUCCCUUUUGUAUUUGGAAGUAUAGUAUAGUUAUGUGCAUUGGGUUGGGAGCAGACACAAGUUUCCUUAUCGUUCCUUUAUCUGAUGCAGACCAUCAUUUAGCUCACCUUGUAGAUACUAUUGUCAGCGCGUGUAAAUAGCUUAAUCUCACUACUGUGUGCAAUAUCGCAUGCAUGUGAAUAGUUUUAUACAA